AUGAUCAGGACGGCCAUGAGCGAGCUCAAGGGAGCUCGCGCCCCAGAUUGCUUGAUUGCUUUGGCGGCGGAACUCCUAGUGACCGCUGUUCCUGAAAAGAAGCAGAGCGACUUUGAUGGCGAGAAGCUGGUGUUGGUGGAUCGAUCACGUGGCACGGGACCUCCAUUGUUUCGCAUUGUUCAGCUUGAACACAAAAAAAAGCAACUCAGGGUGGACAACAUCUCUUCUGCCAGCUCGGUGACGUUGCUCAAGCUGUGGGGCACCAGCUAUUUGGUUUGUGCUGUGAAUCGCAACCUGCUGAUCUACGACUACCAGGAACAGGUGACGAAGUUCACCAUUUGGGGCGGCGGCUCUGAGAUCAUGGCCAUCGAUGCGCAAGACCUGGAAAUCCUGGGCACGUUGGACCGAGAGGCGGUGGCGAAGCUUUGGAAUGGCCGCACCGGGGAAUGCAUCGCCUCGGUGCAAGUACCAGAUGCUCACUACCAUAUGGGCUAUCCCUACUGCCUUUGCGUCAGUGGGCACCGCUUGAUCUUGUCGGCCGACGAGGGCGUGUUCCUCGCGGAGCUCGAUGACGCCCCAGACGUGCCGUGA